GGCACCUGCGCACUGGGGCCGGGGCGGGGCCGUCGCUCGUCGGUUGUUGUAGUAACGGGGAAGCGGCGGGAGGGGCUGCGGCUGCCGGGCCGCCGUGUCUGCUCGGCCGCUCUGUCGGGGCAAUGCGGGAGCAGGUAACUGCUCUUGCAAGAUCUCUUGAAUCUUCAGGAAGGAAUCUCAGAGGCUGGGCUGUAUGAAAACUCCCAGAGGAAAUGCCAGUUGGGAUGGGUCGAGAUCUGGAGGAAAGUGGCUCAUCCUCAGAGGAGGAGGAUGUAGAUGGGCUGGAGGAUCAUCCAUGUAUCAGGUGGACUGGUGGCGGCUGCAGGCGGGUCCCUGUCUUGGUGUUUCAUGCUGAAGCCAUUCUGACCAACGAUAGCUACCUCCGCCUAAUUGGAGAGCGCUACCGCUUGUCCUAUAAGAUUGUGCGAACAGACAGCCGCCUAGUUCGAAGCAUUCUGACUGCCCAUGGAUUCCACGAGGUGCACCCUAAUAGCAGCGAUUAUAAUCUCAUGUGGACAGGAUCACACUUGAAGCCCUCCUUGCUGCGUUCCCUUACAGAUAUUCAAAAAGUCAAUCAUUUCCCCAGGUCCUAUGAACUGACACGAAAGGACAGACUAUACAAGAAUGUCAGUCGUAUGCAGCUGGCUCAUGGAUUCAAGACAUUCCAUAUCUUACCUCAGACCUUUAUCCUCCCUACAGAGUACCAGGACUUCUGCAAUACCUAUUCUAAGGACAGAGGCCCAUGGAUAGUAAAGCCAGUGGCGUCUUCCAGGGGUCGAGGUGUCUACCUGAUAAACAAUCCGAACCAGAUUGUCCUGGAAGACAACAUAUUGGUGUCUCGUUACAUCAGCAACCCCCUGCUCAUAGAUGAUUUCAAAUUCGAUGUGCGCCUCUAUGUUCUGGUUACAUCCUAUGAUCCACUUGUCAUCUAUCUCUACGAAGAAGGACUGGCCAGGACUGCUUGUCUGUUCUUCAGACCUGCUUUCUGUCCACCAACCUCACUGUUGAACAGGGUUAUUCCUCCCAGGUUUGCAACAGUGAGGUACGACCAGACAACCAAGAACAUUAAAAACCAGUUCAUGCAUCUGACCAACUACAGUGUCAACAAGAAGAGUGGAGAUUAUGUCAGCUGUGAUGAUCCUGAAGUAGAGGAUUAUGGAAACAAGUGGAGCAUGAGUGCAAUCCUGAGGUACUUAAAACAAGAGGGGAGAGACACUGCAGGUCUGCUGGGAGUAAAUGCAUCUGCAGAGCAGAAUCCAGCACUGAUGGCCAGUGUGGAAGACCUGAUUAUCAAGACUGUAGUUUCUGCUGAGCUGGCCAUUGCAACAGCCUGUAAAACUUUUCUUUCACAUCGUGGCAGCUGCUUUGAGCUGUAUGGUUUUGAUGUCCUUAUUGAUGAUACUCUGAAGCCCUGGCUGUUGGAAGUAAACCUAUCCCCAUCGUUGGCCUGUGAUGCUCCUUUGGACCUGAAGAUCAAAGCUAGCAUGCUCUCAGAUAUGUUCACCCUUGUAGGCUUUGUGUGCCAGGAUCCAGGCCAGCGAUCAAGCCGAGCAAUUUGUCAUUCAUCUGAAUCUGUCAAGAGAAAUCCGUACCAGAAGCUGCAGCGUCCUGGGUCUCUGCAGUUACAAACAGCAAACACCAGAUCGCGUACCCGUCCUCUGUCUGCCAGUGAUGCUGAAAUUAAAAACCCGAUGCCCUCAGGCAGGGAAAAAGCAGCAGGAAAGCAAGGGAGCUCUGUGCUAGGUCUCUCCAUGGAGGAGGUUAAAGUUCUUCGUCGAGUGCGAGAGGAGAAUGAACGGAGAGGAGGCUUCAUCCGAAUAUUCCCUACCCCAUUAACAUGGGACCUUUAUGGAUCCUUUUUAGAGCACAGGACAUCAAUGAACUACAUGCUGGCUACACGCCUGUUUCAGGACAGGGGCAAGAUGAAAAGAGACUUCAUCACUGAGAAAUCCCGAGCAGGCCUUAAUGAAAGGCUGGAGAUGAGACCAGAAGCUGUAGAUUCUCAUGUUCUCUUUUACGAGAGAAAACUUGUUUCGCUGGAGUUACGGAAGCGCCGUCGAUGUCAUGGCAAGGCCAGAGCAGCACGGACAAGAUCAUCGGGGACGUCAGAACCAACAAAGCUGUCUGUCAAGUCAGGCACAGAAGACGAGGAGGAAGAGGGGGUGGAUGAAGAUAAAGAUGAAGAGCUAGAUAGAAACAUUGGCACUCCUUCGGAUGCCCAGGUGAAAAGCAAGCCAGAGCUCUCUGACUUGGUGAAUACUACCUGUAAGGAAAAGUUGCCAAAAAAACUUGACAAGAAAACUGGAGAUGGAGGAGAACCGUUUCUUCAAAAAGUAGACUCAGAAUCUCCGUUUAACUUGCUGCACAUUCUUCAAGAGCAUGGAAACCUGAGCAAAGUGCAAGCUCGCAGGGCUUUCUCUGCCUAUCUACAGCAUGUUCAGUCACGACUGAUGAAGGAGGCUGGUGACCAGAUCCAGAAUCCUGCCUGGGCUGCCAAAGAGGAUGAGCAAAUGGAGCUUGUGGUACGCUUUCUGAAGCGAGCUGCUAGCAAUGUUCAGCAGUCUUUGAGGAUGCUGCUCCCCAGCCGUCAUUUUGGACUAAAUGAUCGUCGUCGUAUCCUGGCUCAGCAGCUGGGCGAGUUCAUAAUCUGGUAUAACAAGGAAACAGAGCAGAUGGUUCAGAAGCAAUCAAAGAAGAAACAGGAAGAGGAGGAGGAAGGAGUGAAUCCUGAAGAUUUCCAGAAAUUUAUUACUGGAGCAAGUGAAAAUGACCUGGUGAAAGUGCUGACGUUUUACACACGCAAAAAUAAGUCAGCAAGUGUCUUCCUAGGAACAAACUCCACAAGCACAAAACUCGGCAACACCAGUAAGCAGUUAGAGAAACAGCCUCAAGGGGAGCAACUUGAGAUGGUGAAAAAAAUAAAAGGUGAUCAGCCCAAAAGUUCAGUUGUGGAUCUGCCUGCAGAAGGAGCAUUAAAAGGCUAUAAACCCAAAGAAGUUAAACCAACCUUUUCAGAAGGACCCACCUUCUCCUUAAAUGCUGAAGUGAAAUUACAUCGAUGUGACCCUUCUAGUGCUUCUUCCUCUGUUUCUGGUGCCACGUUGCAGAGAAGUACCAGUUCCUGGAUAUCAGCUCAGUCUGCGGCCUCUGAAAAUUCGCAGUUGCCUGGUCACCAUUCCUUGCCAGCUCCUCCAGUUGGUCCCAGGCUGAUUCAGUCCCAAUCUCUGCCACCCUCCUUGCAGAGUACAGCUCCUGACAGCUCUUCGGCCUUCACGAACCCAGUGUCCAGUGGGGCUUCUGGCUUUACAGGGUUACAUCGUUGUCAUUCUGGUAGCUACACCAUUGGCCCAUUCUCGUCUUUUCAGAGAGCUGCUCAGGUCUACAGCCAAAGAUUGUCCCGACCAUCCUCUGCAAAAGUAGAUUCAUGCCACUGCAGUCCAAGUGGGCAGCGUGUGGGCUCAGCCAGGACUCACAAAGAUGCAGAAGAUACUUCUUCCAAGGGCAAACAUUACAGCCACAGUAUGGUAGCAGCAGAACUGCAGCAUCUGGCAGAAAAACACGCAGCCUGUCAGUAUUCCCCACCAAGCCACAUCAGUCUCCUUACACGGCAGUUAACAAACCUGAACUUGGCAAGUGGAGCUAUAAGCAAGGGCAAUGCAGCUGCCCCACAGAGCUACCAGUCACUGCUCAACAAAAGAGGGUCAUUGUUGACUGCUCAGUCAGACACUCAUGUAGCUGACAAAAGAUCUGUCUCUUCAGCAGUCAGGGCUCCAGAGAACCACCGUUUCGCAUGGGAAGGAGAGAUGGAGAACAGUGUCUGCAACAAGGUGACACGGAGUUCACUGACACAACCCAGCUAUCAGCUCCAUUUUGCUGUGCAGCAACUUCAGCAGCAGAAACUUCAGUCACGACAGCUGUUGGAGCAAAGCCAAGCCCGGCACCAGGCUCUCUUUGCCAACUACUCACAGUCCAGCACCAGCCAUAUAUCUAUGCCAGCUGGCUCUGAUGCCUGCAAGACAUCAAGUGCCAUUUCUAGUAUCCAGAAGGGAGCCAGUGUGCACAAAGUGAUGCCAUUCCAGAGAAUGUCUCCUCAGCUGGUUCCAAAGCCUCCUGCAAACCGCAGGCAGACAGUGGUCAGCAAGGCUGCAGCCCAGAGGAUUUCCAAGGUGACCUCCACUGAAAAGCAACUGAACGAAUUCCAGAACAACCUUCAUGGUGCUGCAUCCUAUGAGCCAGGGACAAAUUCGACAGGCUGAAAGAAAAGCUUGCAUAAGGCCUCUGCUUGCAGAGAAGGACUAACACUGAACACCAGGUGAGGAAUCCAGGGUGUUGCUUCAAGCAUGGGUCAAAGGCAGCAGUGACUUCGUACCACCACACUCCCAUAACACCCAGGAAAGAGUGAAGAGGAGGUCCUGGUGAGGGGAGAACCCACUGAGGAGAGUGCUUGAACAUCUGUAGAAGCUGGUGAUACACCUGCAACCUGAGGUGAAUGGCUGCCUCUGAGAGCUUCUGCUGCUGAGUCUUGGGGUCUCUUCCUCACACCUCUUCUUGAUCACUAACCGUGAAAUCUUCCUGUAAGACAGAGGUCUUCAAGCCGUCUGUAUUGUUCUUCCUAAGGUCUAAGCUUGAACAUAAAGUCUCAUUUGCUCAGCUAUUUCAGUUUGUCCUAGUCUGGUAAGAGCCAAGAGUCUCUGCUGUCAUUGUAUGGCAACCAUUAGCAGAGAAAAACAUUAGAACAUACAUCUGGAGACAUCCAUGUUGGUUGCCAUCUUGAAUUUUGGCACAGAGCCAUAGAAAUGAUUGGUUUGAAUAAAGUCAUUUCAUUUGUUUGUUUUGGUUAUAAUUUCAGUUAUUCACACCCCCAAAAUAUUUGCUGUCAUUAUAUUGGACAGGAUUUAAAAUCUGUCUUUAUGUUUCACUGCUGGAUGCUUAUGUUCUGUGUGGCUUAUUUUUGUAUUUUGAUUUCUGUUUGUUUAAGCUUUGUAAACUUUUAAAAUUGGCUGAUGUUUUCAGACCCAGGCUUGAACCCUAAGGCACAGGUGGCUCUUAUCAGUUGCAAUGGUGGCUUGGUGAAGCACUCCAGUUAAAAUUUGCCUAAUGCUAUGAAAAUUAAUUUGCUUGUGUUAGAAAAUAACAUCAGCAGCUGGAAAAUGUAUUGGAGAGAUGAUCCACCCAUCCUUUAAAUACACAGGAAGCAGCUUCAGCUCUGGCUCUUUGUUGGUGCCAGGUUAAAGGAAAAUCAGUGUUUUGCAACUUCUGCCUUGUCAAGCAGCAAGUGGUAUGACUGUAAUUCUCAAAGGGUACAAAAUCUCGUGUUGUUUGUAUCAGAGCCCUCAGAGACUGGAUUCUAACAACCUGUUUGAUCUUAUUGCACAGCUCCUUUUUCAUUUCUAGCCUGUACAGUCAGUGUUAAGGCAGUAUUCUCAUAUGUUGUCAGGUAGAUAAUGAUCAACCCAAAUGGCUGACAAAAGGAACAGUGUCAGAGGAGGAAUGUGUUUUCUCUUGAAAUGAUGGUGUUCAUGUUUACUCUUGGAUUGUGCAUAUUUUCUGUCAUUCAAGACCAGACAAAUUGUGAGAAGAUGAAGUAGUUAUGUUCAUACCCUGUUAGCUUUACUAUCACUUGCUCAAGGCAUGAAUUCAUAGGACAGAACAUGCAUUUUUCUAUUUCUGUUCCACUCACAGAUAGAACAGACAUUGAAUACUUCAUUUGUCCAAAAUGCUCUGAUGUAGCUGUUCCCUUUCUUAGUUCCUUGGUGUAUCUUUCAUUUCCUAGACAGUCAUGAUACUGUUCAUUUUCUCUGUAUUCUUCAUCUCUGUUCUUCAAGAACUCCACAGCACUUGUCUGCUGCCUGGGCCGCCAUCACAUAUCAGUGAACAAGAGACUGGUAAAAUCUUGUGAAGUUACUUUCAGAUCACGUCCCUUCUGUCUUUAGUCACUUAAUUCCACCCAUGGAUCUCUGAGGUAGAUGUUUCUACUGGAGCACCAAGUUGUUGGAUCAUGCUUACUGAAAAUUAAGUUGCAGAGGUUGCUACUUCAAUCUUCUGCACAUUCUCAGUAGCUGUGGGCUUCGCGAUCUUGGGCCUGUCUUCUCAUAGCCUACUCUGCUACGUGUGGUAUUGGCUACAGCCUCCAGCUUCUUGCUAGAACUGUUGGAGGUAGUAUUUCACUGUAAGAUUUAGCUUCAGUAAAUAACAGAUUCCAUUCCUUUAUUUUCUCCCAGGGGAACUGAAUUAUCCUUAUUCCACUGGGUUUCAUUUGCAGGAUAGAGUACCACUAGGAUAUAUAUCCUUGUACAGCCCUCAUCUCUGUUUUUGUUCUCUCGUUUCUUUGUUCAGGUUGUCACAGCCACCACUGAAAACUAUAGAGAGGUUUGGAGAACAGAGAUUUAAAUGCACAGUUGUCCCAGGAAAGGUGAUUGUCUUCAGAGCAUCGUCAGCAGAAGCAGUAUUCUUACAUCUUUGUCUGGCAGAUCACCAGUUAGUACUGGCUUAUUAUGAACAUACGUUAAUUGUUUUGUCAGCUUUGUCAGUCUCCCACCUACUCAUUUUGGGGGGGUGAUUUGUACUUAGUUAUAGCCAGAAUAUUUUCUGAACUUCUUUGCAUUGCAUGUUAGAUGUAGUCAACACCCCAUCUGUAACUGUGAUGGCUUACUAGGAGUGUAUCAGACAUCUUGUCUGAUUUUUGAUAUAUUCAGAGAGAUGCACGUUGCAGUCCAAGAAUGCUGUUACCUGUUAGCACGUGCAAUAGAGAAUGAGGAACAAAUCCUGUGAAUCCAACCUCUUAUUUUUUCCAUCUCCCUGUAGUCCUCAGCCUGGAGUCAAUGUAUGUCUUUGUGCGUGGUGGAUACUGUGUACUUAAGGAUAACAUAUGUAUUUUGUCUCUUUGCAGCUCUGCUACUUCCAUGUGUGUCCCUUUUCAAAAGCUUCUCAGAGAGCACUUCAGUUAAGAGGUUCAGUGGGAAGGCAUAGAGCAGUUUCCCACACCUCUUGCAGAGAAGGCAUUUUGCAGGAAGUGUCUUCUAGUGCAAGGGAGGAAAGGGGUGUGUAGCAAACCGUUUUGGAUUUAUAAUAGUUGCACAUGAGUGGAGUACUGUUACAUAUAUGCUUCUCAAGUGGGGAUUAGUUUGUCUUUGCUCUUACAACAUUUACUUCCCUGUAUUCAUCAAUGAGUUUCAUCAGAAGUGCCUUUGUUUACUGUGAGAAAAUAAAAUUACCAAUAGAAAGCCCCAACAAUCAUUCAGCAUCUACUGCAGUGGUGAGACUGGAUAAUGUAACCAAGGGCUCCUCCUCUUCUGUCACAUUCUGUAAUGCUUGCAUCACUUCUAAGUAAAGAAGCCUGUUCCAAUGACAGAGAAUCAGGCUUGUUAGUCUUGAAAGGAGUAAGGUACACGUCAGAGUCCUGGAGGCUGAGGUUAUGCAGAGUUCAUACAAGCGUUGUGUGCUCUGUUUAGACGAUGAGCAUACCACAACGUAAAAAUUCAGAGAAGCAGCUGAGUUGUACUCAGUACACAGAUUAUUAAAUUCACUUUUACAUCACUCAUCUUGGCCUUUAAAGCAGCCUCACAAGUUGUGUGAGUGCCAUCAGCAGGAGAUCAGGUUGUGACACUCGAUAGACCACUUAGUCUUGGAUGCUAAGGAGACAUACUCGGAUUUACAUUCUCAAGACUAGAUAUGCUUUUGGACAAUCGUGGUUUGUUGGAAAUGCUCCUCAUUUUGAUGCCCGGAAGGCUGACACACAUAUCUCUGAUAGCAGUUUCCCUGCUGUGGCAGAAAGUUUUGGUAAAGUGGCAGAAAGUCUUUGUUUACUAGUAGGAAUCUCAAUGCUGUGCUUCUUCCUUAUACCAGAAUAUGGAUAGUCUCUGUGUGCAUGGAGUUGAGUGUCUGGUAGUGCUGGACCAUUCCUCCUCUUUACCUGUGAAAGAGAGUGUUGACUUAUAGACAAGUUUACAGAACAGACUGGAUUCUCAGCUUGCAUUCUUUCAGGCCUGUACCUUGUACUAAUACAAGAGUUCCAGUCAUUUUGGAUUAUUUGUUUGAAACGGAAGUAGUCUGGCUCCUGACUUAUUUUUCUUAAGGUUUACUUGAUCAAAUGGCCAAGGACUUUUCUUCCUCACUCAGUCCUAGGUUUGCUGGUUGUAAUGUUCCCGUUUGAAUCUGGAUGGGUUAUUUGCUAGCAUAUAAAUAGUUGGAUUUUUUUGGUUGCACUAAGUAACUGGCUGAUUGAUCCUCUUUGUACUAUUUCCUUUUGGGACACAUUAUUCAUAUGGAUCUGUCAUGAGUUUCUUCCAAAGGAAGCUUCUGAGCUUUACUUAAACCUGGGACUUGACCUCUUUUGCUUCUUUCUAGAACCUCGUGUUUCUAGAGCGAAGACAUCCUUGUUUAUGCCAAACAUGAGGAGGACCUUAUUUUAUUUUUACAGAGUCAGGUCAAGAAGUCCUUGAGAUGGGUUAUACCAAGAGCACAAAAAUUAACAUUUGUAGUUCUCUUCAUGCAGAAAGUGGUUAAUUGAAGAGGUGGGCAAGGAGGAGUGUAAGGCAGUAAUUGUUCACCAUGUUUCCCACUAGAAGAAGAGCAUCAAAUGAACCUUAACAGUUAUCAGAUUCAAAGCAAAGAAAGGGGGAAGAGGGGCUGAUUUUUCUUCAUAGUAUAUAAUUGACCUAUGGAACUCCUUGUCACAAGAUGAUGUGGAUACAAAGAAGUGUAUGUGGUUUGAAAAAAGUAGACAAAUCCAUGAAAAAGUAAUCUAUUAGGGCAUAUUAAAUCUUAAAAAAACCCAACCAGCCAAACAAACAAAAAAAAUACACAAGAAACCAAGAAACAACCAAAAAACCCCCAACCAAACAGAAAAUUUAAAAAAACCCACCACAAACCAACAACAAGCAGGAAGUUUCUAAGACUUUUCAAGUGACUGUUACAGGGAAGUAUCACAAUGGGAUUUUCCAAUUUUCAGCUUGUCUAUCAGGCAUAUGCUGUUGACCACUGUCAGAUACAAGAGGUGGCCUAGAUGGUCUUGCAGUUUGACUUUGUAUGGGUGUUUGUAUGGGUGUUUUAUUUUGACAGUUGCAGUACAGUAUACUAAAACAUGCAGUUUGUCCACACCCUCACCUACGUGGGCACUAUGUAUUGCAGAGGCUUUCAGAAUGAUGAAGCUUUUACAAGAGCAUUAAAGGACACCAAGAUCCACCUCUAAACAGUUGUGAUUUGGGGGGAAAGUAGGCUGCUGUAUGGAACUCAUCCAUAAUAACGACGUUUGUUAAGGGUUAAUUGCUUAAAUGUGGAAAAGAAAAUACCACCAACUGAAGCUCUUAAGUUAUCUUAUUCGUACACGUUUACUUCUCACCAUCUUUGUUUUCCAAAGUGCUUGAGUACAGAGCACCUUAAGAGUGAAUGUGCACAACCACAGCACAUCUUAAAGAAAUACAGUACCUGGUAACUGCUUUCUUCCCACUUUAGAACCCUACUGUCCUUUUCCAAUGAAUGAGAUUAAGUUUCCCAUCUGCCUUAGAGAUGAGUAUUUGGGAAACGCAAGCUGAUCUUCUCCAAAAUUGUUGUAUUCUGAGUUUUUGAAACAGCCUCUUGGUGCAGUUUUAACACAGAGGACAAACUCCCAUGAACUAAAGGUGACAAACAAGACACCAAACCUGCCCUGAAGAGUCUGCUCUGUCUGUUACCUUACCAAAAAAAAGGAUUUUACUGGCCCUCAUUGAAAAAGAGCUUUCACUGCUGCUUCAGAUUUAAAGGAAAGAAACACUGAUCACUGUGGUGACCCUGGUGUGAGGCCUUUGCCAGUGCUAUUCACUGAAUCAUGGUGAUUCCCUGGGGAAAAGAGUAGACUUAACAGGGCCCCUUCUGUACAAUUCCAUGCCUACAGCACACACAAUGGACUUGCGAAAUCAUAUAUUCUCUGAAAAGGCAUAGCUUCUCUAUCUGACCUAUCAGACGAAAAAAAGUGAGUUGGUCUUAAGAAAACAAACUUGAUGCAAUUGUUGAGAAUUUGGGGCUGUUAAAAAUGUAUAUUUUAUUACCAGAGUCUCUGUCAUUUGUUUGGGGUAGGUAGAAGAUGUGCUGUUAUCUCAGCAUUUGGUUAUUUCAGCAUUUGGUCUUCACAUUUCAGAUGUGCUGUUAUCUCAGCAUUUGUUAUUUCAGCAUUUGGUCUUUUGCCUACUGGUGUUUUGGAUGUGCAGCAGAAGACAACGCCAGAACGUCAGUUUAAUUUGGUGUCUCUACAAGGAUAUUUCAGAAAAUCUCAUUUUACCAUAGUUACGGCAACGGUAAAGUGUAGCCUCCUUCCCUCACACUAAGAGGAGACAAGUUACUGUACUCAAUGUAUUUAUGUUCAAAACUCAUAAAAUCUCCACAAAAAAAUACUUUGGAGUUACUGAUCUAAUUGCCGUGUCUUGAAUAAUAUCAUGUCAAUAGUCAGGAAAGGAUCUUUUCAAAGUUCCUCUGCUGGCAAGUCCCAAUGUUUGACUGUCAUCACUCCCUCAAUUUUACUAUAAAAUUUGUUGGGGUUUUUUUCUGAAAUUGGGGAAGAAAAAUGACAAGGGAUUUCCCCCACUGUUUCCAGUAAUUACUAUGCAGGAUUCAUCUCAUGUUUUUCAAGCGGAUUUGCCUUAUUUAUAUGGCUUUCUGAAAAGGUCAUGCUGUGUCAUAUAUUUAAUACCUAUAGGAUGUCUGUGCCAUUCUUCAAGGUGUGCAGAUGGACAGCUGUGAAUCUAUCGGGAGGGCAAAUGAAGCUGUAAGCAUAUGUUAGUGCCACUAGUUACAGUACUGAGCAUUCCCAUUGCAUGAUGCUUCCUCCAUUUAAAUUAAGAUUGUUUUCCCUCCUGCAAGUGUGUUUUCUCCAGCAUUCCUAAUUCUGGAAAUUCAAUGUGGAACACAUUUUGUCUAUGAUAUCAGAUUUCUUCUUUUCCCCAGACCUACAAAACUCAUGUCUCCAUAUAUCUACUGAAAAUUUCUCAUGAAAAAUAUCUAAGAAUAAAGACUGAUGGCUCUUCCUGACA